GCCUCCGGUCUGCGCGCCCGCAUCCCGGAUCCUCCGCCGCAGCGUCAGCGCCGCCGACGCCUCCUCCCUCCCGCGCCCCCUCCCGCCCCUGCGCUGCUCCGGCCGCGGCGCCCGCAGCCCGCGCCGAGCCCCGGCCGCGCGGUGCCAUGCUGCCCCGGCGGCGGCGCUGAAGGAUGGCGACGCCCGUGCCUCCGCCCUCGCCGCGGCACCUGCGGCACCUGCGGCUGCUGCUGUCCGGCCUGAUCCUCGGCGCGGCCCUGCGCGGGGCCUCCGCGGCCGCCGCCGGCCGCCCGGAUGUGGCCACUUGUCCCCGGAGCCUGGACUGUGCUCUGAAGAGGCGGGCGCGAUGCCCGCCGGGUGCCCACAGCUGCGGGCCCUGCCUGCAGCCCUUCCAGGAGGACCAGCGCGGGCUCUGCGUGUCCAGGGUGCGCCGGCCCUCUGGGGGGGGCCCGCCGCAGCCCAGACUGGAGGAGGAGAUCGACGUCCUGGCGGAGGAGCUGGCCCGGAAGGAGGCCGGGCACUCGAGGGCCACAGCCUGGCCCCUGCCCGAGGGGCCUCCACGGCCGCUGGAGCUGGCAGCCACCCUGGUGUUCUCCGAGCUGGCUCAGGGACCCAAACCCGGCCUCCCCGCCACUCGGGCGGCCCCCACCCCCACGCCCCGCGGCCCCCUGGGCUCCCCUGUGUCUUCUGGGCCAGUUCACAUGUCCCCACUGGAGCCCCGCGGCCGGCGGGGUGACGGGCUUGCCCUCGUGCUGAUCCUGGGCUUCUGCGUGGCAGGCGUGGCCGCCCUGGCCGUGGCUGUCCUGUGCUGGUGCAGGCUGCAGCGGGAGACCCGCCUGGCUCAGAAGGUGGACUACACGGCCCCGAAGGCGCCCGGAUCGCCCGCCACGCCGCGGAUCUCGCCCGGGGACCAGCGGCUGGCGCACAGCGCCGAGGUCUUCCACUACCAGCGGCAGCGGCAGCAGAUGCGCAGCCUGGAGCGGCAUAAAGAGCCGGCCAAGGAGCUGGACUCGGCCUCUUCGGACGAGGAGAACGAAGACGGCGACUUCACGGUGUACGAGUGCCCGGGCUUGGCCCCGACCGGGGAGAUGGAGGUGCGCAACCCGCUGUUCGACCACGCCUCGCUGCCGGCGCCCCUGCCCGGGCCGCGCCCCCCACCCGCGCCGCAGUGACCCAAGGCCGCCGCUGGAGACCGCCGGGCCCACGGGUGGGGAGGGACCCCGGGUGGGGAGAGGCAGGGCCCGUGUUUCUCAUUAAAAAAUCAGGUUCCGAG